AUGGGGUCCACUUGGUCCCAGUUCUUCCCACCUGCUCCCUCCUUGAUUGAAGCCAAUCUACCCAACCAAAACGGCAAGGUCUUUAUCGUCACUGGUGGAUACUCCGGAGUUGGAUUGGAGCUAUGCAUAAUUCUUUAUAAAGCUGGAGGCAAAGUUUAUCUUGCCGGUCGCUCAGAGGAAAAAGCCCUGGAUGCCAUCGCGCGUGUCAAAGACGCCAACCCCUCUUCAGGUGGAACGAUUUCAUUCCUUCCUCUCCGCCUCGAUGAUUUGACAAGUAUCAAAUCCACGGUGGAUACCUUCACUGCUGCGGAGUCCAGGCUCGAUGCUCUUUUCAACAACGCUGGCGUCUCCAACCCCCCGCGCGGCUCGAUCUCUGUACAGGGCCAUGAACUCCAGCUGGCGACAAAUUGCCUAGGGCCUCAUCUCCUCACACAACUGCUAUUACCAACACUGACGCAUACUGCUGCAACCGAACCAGCUGCUUCUGUACGAGUGAUCUGGACGUCCUCAAUUGCUGUCGACAUGUCAGCUUCAAAGCAGUCUGUGGAUAUUGAGGAGGUUCUACAGUCAAACGCAUCCCCACAACGAUAUUACGAGAUUAGCAAGGUCGGCAACUGGUUCCUCGCCGACGCGCUUGCCACUCAAGCGGGUCCUAGCGAUAUCUUGAGUCUAGUCGUAAACCCUGGAAAUUUGAAAACGGCUCUCACUCGUCACAUUUCUCCGUGGGUGCCUUUCCUAGCGGCCCCCCUGCUUUACCCUGCACGGAUGGGCGCUUACACUGAGCUUUGGGCUGGACUAUCGAGCACACCCACUAUCUCUGAUGGAGGACGUUAUAUAGUACCUUGGGGGCGAUUCCAUCCCAACCCGAGCACCGAACUGAUGCGCGCGAUGAAGCCUGCAGGGGAUGGCGGAACAGGAGCUUCGAUAAAGUUUAUAAAAUACUGUGACGAACAAAUUUCGGAUUUCAAGUAG